AUGUGUGGAACAUUGUCACGUUGACAUUCACUAUCACCUUUCUCUUUCUCUUCCCCUUCCUUCUCUUUCCUCAUCUCUCGUGUCUCAAUUUGAUCAAUGUUCGAACACAUAAUCUACAAUUACAAUAAAAUAAUUAUAUUUAUUUAUUUAUAUAUAUAAUGGCAUUCAUGAAGCUAGGAUCAAAGCCCGAAGCUUUUCGUCGUGAAGGCCAAACAUGGGUUUGUACCACAGGAUUGCCAAGUGAUGUUACCAUUGAAGUUGGCGAAAUUUCAUUUCUCCUCCACAAGUUUCCAUUGCUUUCUAGAAGUGGACUACUAAAGAAACUAAUUGCAGAGUCAACAAAUGAGGAUGGAUCAAGUUGUGUUUUGCAACUUCAUGAUAUUCCUGGUGGAGCUAAAACAUUUGAGCUUGUAACAAAGUUUUGCUAUGGUGUGAAACUAGAAAUCACAGCAUUAAAUGUGGUUAGUCUAAGAUGUGCAGCAGAGUAUCUCCAAAUGACUGAAAAUUAUGGUGAAGACAAUCUUAUUGGGUACACAGAAUCUUUUCUCAAUGAAGUUUUUAGCAAUUGGCCAGAUUCAAUUAAAGCUCUCGAAACGUGCGAGGAAGUGCAAUCCUUUGCAGAAGAUCUCCACAUUGUUUCAAGGUGCAUUGAUUCCUUGGCUUUGAAGGCUUGUUCAGAUCCAGAUUUGUUCAAUUGGCCUGUGGCUGGCCACCGUAAUUGCGCGAAAAAUCAAGAAGAUCAUGAGUUGUGGAAUGGAAUUUCUUGUGAUAGUAAACCACAACAUGUGGGUGAUAAUUGGUGGUAUUAUGAUGUGUCUUUGUUGAGCCUACCGCUAUAUAAACGAUUGAUUUUAGCUAUUGAAUCAAAAGGAAUGAAAUCUGAGAGUGUUGUUGCAUCUCUUAUAUAUUAUCUUAAGAGGUUUCUUCCCUUGAUGAACAGGCAAUCAAGUUUUAAAGAUACAAAUUAUGCAACAAUUCUUACAACUUCUGAAGCUGAUCAAAGGGCUUUACUAGAAGAAAUUGUGGAGUUGAUUCCUAAUAAGAGAGGGGUAACAUCCUCUAAGCAUCUUCUUCGGCUGCUCCGCACUGCGAUGAUAUUACAUGCAAGUCCAUCAUGCAAAGAAAAUUUAGAGAAAAGGGUAGGAUCUCAACUAGACCAGGCUUCGCUUGUUGAUCUUCUCAUUCCAAAUAUGGGAUACUCGGUCGAGACACUUUACGAUAUAGAUUGUAUUCAGAGGAUUCUUGACCAUUUUAUGUCUAUUUACCAGCCUGCAUCAUUAUCGACUUCUCCAUGCCUAACUGAAGUAGGGACAUUAAUAGCUGGUGCUGAUACAUUGACACCUAUGACAAUGGUCGCUAACUUGGUUGAUGGAUAUCUCGACGAAGUUGCUUCAGAUGCUAAUCUAAACUUAUCUAAGUUUCAAGCACUUGCUGCGGCCAUUCCAGAUUAUGCCAGACCCUUUGAUGAUGGUAUAUACCAUGCAAUAGAUGUAUACCUUAAGGCACAUGCAUGGCUUACAGAUUCUGAACGGGAGCAACUAUGCCGGCUGAUGAACUGCCAAAAGCUCUCAUUGGAAGCAAGCACUCAUGCAGCACAAAAUGAAAGAUUACCUCUGAGAGUAAUUGUUCAAGUCCUGUUUUUUGAACAACUUCGACUCCGUACAUCAAUAUCUAGUUGGUUCUUUGUUUCUGAAAAUCUUGAGAAUUCACAAAACCUUAGUGGAAAUCUUGGCCUCCCCAAGAGUUGUCAAAUGAACUCUGAAGAGAGAACAGAAAAUGUGAGGGAACGUCUUUUGGAGCUGGAGAAAGAGAGUUCAUGCAUUCGAAAAGAACUGCAAAAGCUAACGAAAACAAAGAAAGGUUGGAGCAUUUUUCCGAAAAGGUUUGGAUUUAGAAAAAGAUCAGAGUGUAGUACCAGUCCUAAAGAAUCAAAUAAUUGCGAUAUAAAUACAUCAUCUAAUAUGAAUGAAAAUCCAAAUCAUGAAAGUAGUAGUUGAGGGGGUUUAUUAAAACUUUUUAGCUUAAGUAAGUGGUGUUUUCUUCUACUACACAUUAUAUGGAAUUGUAACUCACUUGAAUCGUUAGUAAAAUAAUGUAUCAGUACAAAACAAAAAUUUAGAUGCAUUUUUCACAUUAGUUUGUGUCUGAUUGAAGAAUUUGAG